AUGGACGCCAACCUGUGCCAGGUCAUACAGAUGGACCUGGACCACGAGCGGAUGAGCUACCUGCUGUACCAGAUGCUGUGCGGCAUCAAGCACCUGCAUCUGGCGGGCAUCAUACACAGGGACCUGAAGCCGUCCAACAUAGUGGUGAAAAGCGACUGCACGCUCAAGAUUCUUGACUUCGGCUUGGCUCGUACAGCCGGGACUACGUUCAUGAUGACCCCGUACGUGGUGACGCGCUACUACAGGGCGCCAGAGGUCAUCUUGGGCAUGGGGUACACCGAGAACAGUGGACAUAUGGGUCCGUGGGCUGCAUCAUGGGGGAGAUGA